UCUGCUGCCGUAACAACAUCUCUCUCUCUCUCUCUCUCCCUCUCACUCUCUCUUCAACGCACAAACACACGCACAAAGAGACAGAGAGACAGAGAGACAGAGAGAGACGAGUGGUGAUGGCCCGAUAAAGCCAGCCAGCCCCAUCAAUGGAUGGGCUCGAGUAGUCCAGUCCUACUCGCUUGCUCAUGCCGAAUGGGUUCGAGGCGGCCUCUCACCCACAGUUCAGCAGGCUCCUCCUCCUCCUCGUCGCCCCCGGCCGCUCCCAGCGCCAACGGCCCCAAAUUCGGACCGGAAAUCCAAUUCGGGGACGUGGGCCAGGGCCUCCGGGCGAAGCCGGCGGGCGGCUCCACCUCGUCGGGGUCGGGGUCAGGGUCCGGGUCCGGGUCCGGCGGGACCCCGCCGAAGAAGGCGAGGGCGGCCGGCGGCGGCGGUGCCCAGCAGCCUCCGAGGUGUCAGGUGGAGGGAUGCAAUGUGGAUCUGAGCGGGGCCAAGUCCUAUUAUUCGAGGCACAAGGUGUGUGGGACGCAUUCCAAGUCGCCCACCGUCGUCGUUUGCGGCCUCGAGCAGAGGUUUUGCCAACAGUGCAGCAGGUUCCAUCAGCUUAAUGAAUUUGACCAAGGGAAAAGAAGUUGCCGCAGACGUUUGGCCGGUCAUAACGAGCGUCGUAGGAAGCCACCUCCUGGAUCAUUACUCCCCUCUCGCCACACUCGCUUCUCUUCCUCUAUUUAUGAUAACAGCACUGGAGGCGCAGGAUUUGUGAUGGACUUCAGUACAUAUCCGAGGCCGCCUCCGAGUGAAGCAUGGAUCGCUGCUCAAGCAUCCAACCAGGGACGUGGAAAUCAGACCCUGGGCCAGGAAAAACUCCAGUUACAUCCUUUGUGGCAGAGCAGUCCCCAAAAUCAUCAAUAUGACCUCUUGCUUCAAGGUCCGUCUCCAUCGGUGGGAGGGACCAGCUUUCCUGGUCCCGGGAUUCCUCCAGGAGAAAGCUUUAACCCCAGCUGUGCUCUCUCUCUUCUGUCAAACCAACAGUCGGACUCUGCAAGUCAAGUAUCGGGUCCUGCACUUAACAGCGAUGUCCUGAGCCCUCAAGCCUCAGUCGGGGCUCAAGUAAUAAGUCCUCUUGAUGCUGCUGUCAGCAAUUUUUCUAGCGCCUCGUGGGCUUUGAAGGUAAAUGAGGCUGGCGGCAGUGCGCCAGAUAUCGCCCCUGAUCUUGGUUUAGGUCAUGUGUCACAGCCUCUCAAUGGUCCGUUCUCAAGUGGCCUCGAGUUCUCUCUGCAGAGCAGGAGGCAGGACACGGACCAAGAUCAUUCUCAGAAUUACAACUCAACUCAGCAGAUGCACUGGUCGCUCUAAGCACCCAGUUCUGUAGAAUUUGCAAAACCAGAGUAUAUUAAGGAAUUUGACAUUGAUUCCUGCUUUCUGGAUUUAGCUCAUCUUGUAUCGACGUACCUUGUUUUUUCUGCUUAAGAACAAUGUAACACAAUGUAACGAAGUAAGAUGCUGUACUUUUCCAA